AUGAGCCUGGCCGCUUUGCUGCUGGUGCUGGCUCCAGGUGCGUUUGCCCAAUACACGGUGACCCAGGAGCCGUCCCAGGCCGCUGCCAAUGAAGGAGAAUCCAUCCAGCUCAACUGCUCCUACACGGGCACCGCGUACAGCGUGCAUUGGUACCGCCAGCCCCAGGGGGGCCAGCCGCGGUUCCUGGCGCUCCUGUCCUCUAGUCACAGAGACACCCGAGAGAAUUUCACCAUGAGCCUGGACACCGAAACCAAAAGCAGCUUCUUGUACCUGAACAGCAGCCGCCUGGCAGACUCUGCUGUGUAUCUGUGCGCGCUGGAGCACAGUGCCAGGUCAGACACUGUCCGACUGGGUCUGACAGACCCCACAGCACCCAUGGACUUGCUUCUGCUCACUGCACUGCUGCGAGAAGGGGCUAAUGGAGAGCCAGUGAAACAACCUGAUGCCCCAGUGACUGUGUCCCAAGGGGAACCAGUGCUGCUGAAAUGCACCUAUGACCCUACCCAGUCUCCAAGGCUCUGGUGGUACCAGCACUACCCAAAUGAAGCCCCUCGCCUCUUGCUGGGAGACUAUGAAGCAUCGGGUGAGGAGGAGAGAAGGAGCCGGCGAGGGUUCUCGGCCACACCCGACAAACAGGAGAAGACCUUCCACCUGAAGAAAAACUCCAGUGAACUGCGCGACUCCGCCGUCUAUUACUGCGCCAUGAGCGACACGGUGAUUGCGCCCGGCAGAGUCGCUGCACAGAAACCCGCGGGGGGAAGAGGAGGCGGCACUAAGGAUGUCUGGGUUAGAGCCCCAGAGGAACAGACUUUGCACAGCGCCGGUGGAGUCAGUGAAUCCCAUCGCCAGGGUGUAAAUGUGCAGAGCUACGCAGGAGUCAACGGGCCAGAUCCCAGGCUGCUGGGACUGGGUGGAGCUCAGGGGAAGCAAAUGAUCCAGUUCCUCAAAAUGUUUAAAAUCAGUGAGGAAUUGCACAGGAGUCAGCUGAGCUGCACUGGUUCCUAUCAGCUGAGGAUCUGAGCCA